UAUGAUUAUGUGUGAUUAUAUGUUAAAGCUGGUAGAAGCUAUAGAAGCUGAUAAAACCGUAAAAGAGCAUUGAAUUAAAAGUGCCGCGUAAGUGGCUUAAAAUAUAAGUAUUUGAUAAAUGAUAAUAAAUUAAAUACAAUUUAUGUAUCUACAGUGUUUAAUACACACUUGUUUAAACAAUUUUUGAUAUGGAAAAUAUACCGGGAAAUGAGAAUCAAGCUACACAACAUAGAAUGGAUAUUCAGCAGAUGUCCCAUCCAAUGCCACCUAUGAUGGGUAUGGCAUCUAAUCAUCAUUCUCCAAAUAUGAUGGAACCACCAAAAACGCUACCUAGUUUAUUAAGCUUGAAAGUAACACCACCAACAGAAUUACAACAUCAAAAUACUGUAGAGGAUACAAUAAGAGAAGGAGACAAUGAUACAGUUAAACUUCCAGCUGCUUUAGAACAAGCUUUAGCUUUUAAGACAGAAAGAGCUAAGGAAGUAGGUGGUGAUCCGAAUGAUAUGGUCUCUAUAGGAAAAUCCACUAAUGAUGAAUCAACAGGGGAAGAUGUUCCUCAAUUAGAAGAUAUAUUGGAACCAGAAACGACUAUUGAAAAAGUUGAUUCAAAGACAACUAAAAGUAAAAAGAAAAAAAAGAAGAAGAGGAAGAAGAAUACAAAUGAAAAGAAAGAAUUAGAGAAAAAGCAAGACCAAAUAGAAGAUAAUAAAUCGAAAGAAGAUCUACCAGAGAUAGAAUAUAUUCAAGAAAUCCCCAGUAUAAAUGACUUGGAACCAAUGUAUCGUCAAUUUGCCAGAGUAUUUGAAGCAUUUAAAUUAACUGAACCAGAACCUCGUUCUAAUGAAGCAGGAGAUAAGGGUGAACCAAUUGGUCAGUAUCCUCCUGUUACCAAUAUGCAAACUACGGGUAAUGUACCCAGUAAAAUACCACCUCUGGAUGACUUUGAUGACGAUGUAGGUCAACAACAGCAACAACAAGGUACCGGAGAAAAUGGUGCUCCACGAUUAUCUAAACGAAAACUCAAGAGAUUAACGCGACUAAGUGUUGCUGAAUUAAAACAGCUUGUAGGUAGGCCUGAUGUUGUAGAAAUGCAUGAUGUCACUGCCAGAGAUCCCAAGCUUCUUGUACAACUUAAGGCACAUCGUAAUACCGUACCUGUACCAAGACAUUGGUGUUUUAAAAGAAAAUACCUACAAGGAAAACGAGGUAUUGAAAAGCCUCCUUUUGAUUUACCUGAUUUUAUAAAACGUACUGGAAUCACGGAAAUGAGAGCAAGUUUGCAAGAACGUGAUGACACUCGUACUUUAAAAGCAAAAAUGCGUGAGAGAGCAAGACCUAAAUUAGGUAAAAUUGAUAUUGAUUAUCAAAAACUUCAUGAUGCAUUUUUUAAGUGGCAAACGAAACCACGUAUGACAAUUCAUGGUGAUCUUUACUAUGAAGGUAAAGAAUUUGAAACUAGACUUAAAGAAAAAAAGCCUGGUGAAUUGUCUGAUGAAUUACGCACAGCAUUAGGAAUGCCUGUAGGACCGAAUUGUCAUAAAGUACCACCACCAUGGCUAAUUGCUAUGCAGCGUUAUGGUCCACCACCAAGUUAUCCUAAUCUUAAAAUACCAGGCUUAAAUGCUCCGAUCCCAGAAGGGUGUGCCUUUGGAUAUCAUGCUGGAGGUUGGGGAAAACCACCUGUUGAUGAAACAGGUAGACCUUUAUAUGGAGAUGUUUUUGGUGUAUCUCGUACACCAGGUGGUGAUGCUCUAGAUGAAGAAGUAGAUAGAGGUAUGUGGGGUGAACCUGAAUCUGAAUCAUCUGGAGAUGAAGAAGAAGAUGAAGAUGCAGAGGAAGGUGGAGAUGGAGAAGCAGAUGGAAAAGAUGGAGAUGGGGAUGCAAGUGGAUUGGUUACACCUGGUGCAGAAGGAUUGAUAACACCAAGUGGUAUUACAUCUAUUCCAGCUGGAUUAGAGACACCAGAAACAAUAGAAUUGAGAAAGAAGAAAAUUGAGAGUGAAAUGGAAGGUGGAGAUACUCCUGCAUUAUAUACAGUUUUACAAGAACGUAGAACAGAAGGUCUAGGUGCAAGUAUGAUGGGAAGUACGCAUGUGUAUGAUAUGACAGGUGCAGCAGGGGGUCAAGCACCACCCUCUGUCAUUGCCGCACGACGUGGUAUCAGUGGGACAACAUCUGAUGCAAGAACAGAAAAAGAUGGUGCCGUUGAAUUGGCAUUAGAUCCUAGUGAAUUAGAUCUUGAUUCUGAAGCAAUGGCAUCGAGAUAUGAGGAAACCAUGAGAUCACGACAAGCUCACCUUAGGAGGGAAGAUUUAUCUGAUAUGCUUCAAGAUCAUGUACAAAGACAAAAGAGUAAACGUAAACGACAGCAAACACAAGAUACAAAAGCUUCUAAAAAAUAUAAAGAAUUUAAAUUUUAAACAUUUUAUUAGAUUUCAGAGUAAGUGUUGUACUAAAUAAUUAACAAAUAUUAUUUAAGUAAAAAAAACUUUAGAUUUUAAAUAAAAUAUUACUAUAUCAAAAGACAGAGUUGAAUUUAUAAAUGUUCAACAAUUUUAUUUCAUCAUCUAUAAAUUAAUAAAUUAAAAUUUAUGUUUUAAUUAUAAUAAAGCAUACAAUAAUUCUUUGUAUAAACUAUAUCGACAUUUAAUACAGAUUUAACUUUUAAUAAAAAGUGUGAAUAUAUUCAUUGGAAACAUUACAUAUUGAGUACUGUAUGAAAUAUAUCAUAAAUCAGUAAACAACUAUGAAACAUAUUUGUACUUAUUUAACUAAAUUAUAUUGGAGGAUAUGAUAUUUUAAACAUUAAUACUUCAUAAUUAGAAUUCAAUUGUAUAACAAAGUUUCUAAUAUCAACAUUAUAGUUAAAUUAAAUUAUAUGAAAUACUCUCUUCUAAAAUAUUUUAUACAUUUAUACAAUAUGUUUUUUUUCUGACAAUAGAUAUUCAAAUUGAUUUAAAUUAAACCUCAUUAAAGGAUAAGAAAGAUAAUGAAGAACUAAUAAAAUACAUGGUAAAGUUAUUGCUAUAGUAAAUCUACUAAUAGCACUACCAAUCUCUAACCAACUACCAUAUGGAUUAACAUUAAACAUAAGAGGUAAAGACAAACAAUCUCCUAGAAAAAGGACUGCUAAAAAAGCUCUUCUUGAUCCAAGAAUAUGACUUGCACACCCUAUCAAUAUUAACGGAAUACUUAGCUUAAAAAGUAUAAGUGAACUCAUAAUAAAUGGAGAAAAAACAGUAAUAAAAUGUUGUGUCCAAACAGGAUCAAAUGAGCUUAUGCUUGCCAUGUUUCCUGUUCCGAAAAAACAUAACAAUGUAUAUAACAU